AUGGUUCUAGAUGAUGCAGAUAACCUCACCGUUGAUCAAAUCGAUUACCUCAACGAAGAUCCCGCCGCCUCUCAACACCACUCCCUCAAACAUUCUCUCCUUGGCCCCUCCUUGACAAAGGCUGGCCAGGAUGCUGUUGAUCAGAAGAAGGUCUCAGAGAUCAUCUAUGAAGCCUCGAAAGGUUCCAAGUUCUUCAACAAUGAGGAAGUCAGAGACCAGAACUUGACUGUCAAAAUUGAUCGAAUCUUGGAAUUAAAGGCGCAGUUGGAGAAGCUUGACCUCAAAUCCGAGUUACGUCGUGCCGAUGAUUACAUUGCUUCACUCGAGCUGUCAAGAGACUUGUCGCAGUAUGUGGUUCACAUUGAUUGUGAUGCUUUCUAUGCUGCCGUCGAGGAAAUCGACCGACCAGAGUUAAAGACAAAGCCGAUGGCUGUGGGUAUCGGCGUGUUAACCACAUGCAAUUACGAGGCCCGCAAGUAUGGUUGUCGUAGUGCUAUGGCUGGCUUUGUUGCAAAGAAGUUAUGUCCAGAGCUGAUCUGUCUACCAUUGAACUUUGACAAAUAUACGGCCAAAGCAAAAGAGGUCCGAGCCAUCUUUGCUGAAUAUGAUCCUCGCUUCGAGAGUUCUAGUAUCGAUGAGGCCUAUCUGAACAUAACUGAGUACUGUGAGAACCAUCACCUUGAUCCUGAAGCUGCCAUCCAGCAACUGAGAAAUGAAGUUCAUGAAAAAUGCAAAAUUACCAUUUCCGCUGGUAUAGCCCCAAAUGCUAAGAUCGCUAAGAUCUGCUCCAACAAGAACAAACCGAAUGGCCAGUUCCGAGUCCCCAAUGACCGCGCUGCUGUCAUGGCUUUCAUGUCCGGUCUAUCUACUCGCAAGGUCAAUGGUGUAGGCCGUGUCUUCGAGCGAGAGCUCGAUGCAAUUGGCGUCAAAACAUGUGGAGACAUUUACAUUCAUCGAGCCUACUUAAACCGGCUCUUUGGAGAAAAGGCCUUUCAGUUCUUGAUGCAGACUUAUCUUGGUUUGGGCCGUACAAGUGUUCAACCUGCAGAGGAGUAUGAGCGAAAGAGUGUUGGUACUGAAAGUACAUUUCGUGACAUCAGCAGUAAACAGGAACUUCGAGAAAAACUUCGCCACACUGCAGAGGAGCUCGAAAAAGAUAUGGCUCGCGUCCAAGUCAAGGGCCGCACCCUGGUACUCAAGAUCAAGCUCCAUACAUAUGAAGUGUUCACGAGACAAGUUGCUCCUCCGAAAGCCGUCCAUAUGGCAAACGAUCUCUACAAUUAUAGUCUUCCGAUGCUCGUCAAGCUCGAGAAAGAAAUGCCUGAUUUUCGACUUCGAUUGAUGGGCCUUCGCUGUACUCAUCUUGUGAGCACUAAGAAGGAUAAACCAGAUUUCUUUCGACGAAGGGUAACCAAUGCCUCGUCCACUGGAAAAUUCACAUCAGAGGAUGGAGAGUGGGAAGUUUGGCCGGACUCAGAGUUUGAAGAAGCAGCACGCCAGGAACGACAAGACGAAAUGGAAGAAUUGCACCGUCUAAGUCAAGAACAAGAACCGCAGGCGGAGCAGGAAGAUUCUACGCCGUCUGGUGCCGACUGGCAUGAACCGUUCGGCCGCUAUAAGUAUGGCAGUGAGCCCAACUCGCCAGCGAAACAUGGUCGUCUCCCCAAUGCGCAAAAGGUGACGGUAAGUGUCCAGGAAGGCCAAAUAUGGGACUGUCCCAUCUGUCAGGUCCCUCAGCCUGCGAACGAUAAGGACUUUAACGAUCAUAUUGAUUUGUGUCUAUCCCGUCAAACGAUAAAGGAGGCGGUUGCUCAAGCAGAAGUCGACACAACUGCUGCACCCCCCAAGCCUUCCUUGAGCAAAGCGAGUUCCGUAGAAUCGGGCCGAGCGUCUCCAGAGGUUGGGUCUAGCGUUUCUGCCAAGCGGAGGAGCGAGAAUGGAAUCAAACGGAAGGAUCCUGCACCCGGUGAUGGGCAGAGGAAGCAGAAGCGACUGUUUUUUACGUGA